ACCCCAUGUAACGUUUUGAAUGAGGUGAGCUUGAGUUGGGAGAUGGAAGGAGAGCAAGGAAGGAGUAUGAGCGAGAGCCACGAGCAGGCCGACAGCGAGAGCUUUCCUUCUUCAUCUUCUAGCUCUCGCCCAUGUCCGAUCUGUCUCUCCCCCACUCCCCACCUCCAAGAAUCCUACUUAGAUCGCUGUUUCCAUAAAUUCUGCUACAAAUGCAUUGUGCAGUGGACUAAAGUGGUUGCUAGCAAGCACUCUGAAGCUCCAAGUUCUUUACUGUGUCCCUUUUGUAAGACUGAAAACUUUUCGAUUAUCCAUGGAUAUGAUGGAAGUAAGUUUGAACGGCAUUAUGUUGGUCAAAUAUUUUCUGAUAGUGUUUUCUUCACAGAAGCACAUUGGUAUAGGCUACGGUGCUAUUAUGUUGAACCAGGGAUCUUAGGUGAUGCAUUUGAUGUAAAGCGGUUUUGGAAGCUUCGGAAAUAUCUUGAGUCAAAUCGAUGGCUUUAUAGUUGGUUGAAGAGGGAAAUUCAAGCUCUAAUGCAGGAAGAAGAUGUCGAUGUCGUGGUGCACCAUAUGCUUGGUACAAUCGAGUCAUCCUUGAGAAGGUAUGACCAAAGGAAGCUGAAGGCACCUGAAGAGAGACAAAUGGAGUUCAAAAUGCUGUUACUUGAUGCCGCGAGGCCUUUCCUAACAGGAAGGACAGACAGAUUCGUGGACGAGGCAGAACUGUUCCUUGCAUCGGGCUUGAACCUGGAAGCUUAUGAUGAUGUUUACAUGCGAGGCCUCGGUUGGGAGAACCCCGGAAUCGAUUCUCAGAUCGAUUCUCUCGAGGAAUCUCUCAAGGAACCAACUGACGAUAGCACAGUGGCUCUUCAGUCGAAAUUGUUCGAUUUUGACGAGGACCUGGAUGGAGCACAAAAACCAAUUCUAAGAGUUUGUCAGUCCGAGCCACUGGAAUUGCCGAGGCUGGCGAUGUCAGCCAGUUUUCUGGAAGAGAAAAGGAAGUCUUACUAUCCUCAUUAUGAGAGAGAUUACUGCCAUUUUUGGGCACCGAUCAGAGUCUUCCGCAUUGCUUUUGUGCCUUUUCCUCUGGCAAAGAACCAUGCCACAACACAGGCGAAACCUCAGAGAACUGGCGUAACAAAGUACCAGGUGAACAUAUUGUAG